AUGGUGUUCAAGGACACCGUACUUCAGCAGCAGUUUGUGAUCGUGCGUUUAGUAAAAGCGAUCGUCGGCAGUCAAGCCGAUCACGAGUUGCUAAAACCCAAGUCACCUUACGUUCCCCGAAAGCACACAACGAGAGAACCUGAACGCGAAGUAGUCUCGGGCGUUCCUCCGGAGUCGAAGAAUACCAUUCCAUACGUGGUGAAGUUGCCUCGCGCGGAAAUUCCCAACCGCAUAUCUUCCGCCUUAUCCAAGGGAUCAUCAGCGAACAUUAUCACCUUCUUCCGGCAGUCGGUUCUGCCCAGUACUCUUGACAACAAAACACACGGCCAACAUUUCAAAGCGCUCAUAUGGGCGGAAGAACAUCGCACAGAGCUCGACCUCGCAAUAUAUGACAUCAACGGGACACAACUCAACAGGCACAACAGAUAUUACUAUCUGGCUGUUCCCGGACUGGCGGAGAAGCGACCGAGUGUCCUUGUUGGCGACCUAAUCAUGGUCCACCCGCAUGAUUCUUUGGAAGGGAAGUGGUACGAGGGCUAUGUCCACGUCGUACACCGGGAGGAAGUGGGGCUCUGUCUGAACGGGUCCUACCGAGGCCACUCUGAGAGUCAACGUUACAACAUCCGAUUCAAACUGAAUCGUAUUCCUCUGCGCCGUCAGCACCAAGCUCUCGACACCGCUUUCUAUCCUGACAGAAUCCUGUUCCCGCUCGUGGCACAUGUCUCGACCGGGAAUCCGCCAUCCGUGGCAACCAUGAAGGCCGGUAUACAUAACAAGUUGAUAGCCAACAACCCAGCGCAGCUCCAAGCAGUUACUUCGAUUGUGUAUCAUCCAGCUGGUGCCCCUCCCUUCGUUGUUUUUGGCCCUCCUGGGACAGGGAAGACCAUCACAAUUGUGGAAGCAAUCAUGCAACUCAUCAACCACAACCCACAGGCCCGAAUUCUCGCAUGCGCCCCGAGCAAUAGUGCCGCGGACCUCAUUGCCUCCCGUCUCAUCAACAAGCUGAGCAACGCCGAAUUGUUCAGAUUCUAUGCUCCGUCUCGCUUCAAGGACCAGGUCCCCGAUGCACUUCUUACCUACAGCUACAGGACCGCAUCUGGCCACCAUUCCGUCCCACCAGUAGCGACGUUAAAGCGCUAUCGCGUGAUAGUCUCGACGUGUGUCUCUGCCGGUUUCACUUAUGGCGUAGGAAUGCCUCGUGGGCAUUUCAGCCAUAUCUUUGUCGACGAAGCUGGCCAGGCGACGGAGCCGGAAGUUAUGAUUGCAGUCAAGACGAUGGCGGACAACAGUACAAAUGUCGUACUUUCGGGCGAUCCGAAACAGCUCGGACCUAUCAUUCGAUCACCGAUCGCGCGCGAAUUAGGACUUGAGGUCAGCUACCUCGAGCGGCUGAUGCAGCGCGAGCCUUAUGACGAGCAAGCAGGCUACGGCAAGUCGGUGGUCAAGUUGGUGCAGAACUUCCGGUCCCAUGAAAAUAUAUUGAGGUUCCCGAACGAACGAUUCUACCAUGGAGAUCUGCGUCCCUGUGGAGAUGCAGGAGUCAUCAACUCGUUCAUCGGCUCGUCUAUACUGGUAUCGAAGAAUUUCCCUAUCAUUGUACACGCAAUCUCUGGUCGUGACCUUCGAGAAGCGUCAUCGCCUUCGUUCUUCAAUAUCGAUGAGGUGACACAAGUGAAGGAGUAUGUUCAGUUACUGCGAGCAGACAGGCGCGUACGCAUCACGGACGCUGAUAUCGGUGUAAUCGCACCAUAUCAUGCACAGUGCCAGAAGAUACGAGCGGUAUUGAGACCCAUUGCUGAUGGAGUUAAGGUCGGCAGUGUGGAAGAGUUCCAAGGCCAGGAACGGCGUGUGAUCAUCAUAUCCACUGUUCGGAGCAGCCGAGAGUUCGUCAAGUAUGACCUGAAACACACUCUUGGCUUCGUGGCCAAUCCACGCCGUUUCAACGUCGCUGUCACUCGUGCGCAGGCCCUCCUCAUCGUCGUUGGCGAUCCUUCGGUAUUAUCACUUGACCCGCUAUGGCGCUCCUUUCUGAACUAUGCGCACAUCAACGGUGGAUGGCGUGGCAAUGCCCCUUCUUGGGAUACACUCGCACCGGUGGAGACCGGUAGCGAUUUCAGUGGACAGGUGCGCGAAUCGCGACUGGCCAAUAUGGAUGAUUUUGCAAGGAGAAUGGAGGCAUUAACACUGGAAGGGGUGGCCGACGGGGUGUUGCAGGAUGAUGACCUGGACGUGAACGUCGACAGGCCUUGGCGUGAGGUUGAGUAG